UAGUUGUGUCAUGAUUUUAUCACCUGCCCAUCAACAUGCUAAAUAGCUAAGCGUGUCGGGUUUCAAUAUUUAACCCUGGAACUGUCUCAGUAGCUACAUUUACAAACAAAUAGUGGCUUAAAUGAGGCCCCAAUCAAUGUAAGUUGAUAUUUAACUGUUUGCUGAGCAAGUGCCAAUCUUUUACUCUCAGGAAUUCUGCCAUCCACAGUCACUUAGUCGCUCCUUUUUUGGACAAGGCAGCAAGUUUUUUUCUAUUUAAAUUUAAGGCACAUUUCCAGUUGAUCUGGGUUCCUUCAAAAGAGAGGGCGACUAAGUAAAGAACAGUUUUAAGACCUGCAGACAAUAUAGCAAAGAAACAAUAAACAAAGUUACGUUGUAAGGACAUGGACAUCCGUCUGACACUCCUGUUGAUCUGUCUCUGCAGCCAAGGAGUCACUAAUGCUGAGGUGGCAGAAGAUGAGUCAAUCCCCCUGGUGCCUCUUAUUCCUUUAAUGCCCAGUCAUCCCAUACAGCAAGCAGAAAAUGAAAGUACACCACAAUCGCAAACUGCAAAUACCACAGAAGCACCUGUGAUUGCGACAACCAUAACCUGCAGGCCCGACGAAGGGUCGUCGGAGGAAGAACAAGGCGAGGGCUGCCUGUCUAUUGGCCGAAGCCUGGAGUCCAGGGAAGCCAUUGCCGCUGCCGUUCAGAAACUGGGCGUGCAGCUGCUGCAGAACCUGGAAGCAACACCAGAGCAACCAAAUGUCAUCAUAUCUCCUUUCAGCAUAUCACUAGCCCUCUCCCAGCUGGCUUUAGGUGCAGUAAAUGAGACAGAGGAGCUGCUGAUGCAUCAUCUCCAUGAAAACACUCUCCCCUGCUACCACCAGUCUCUGCAUAAUGUCUUAGUGCAGCUCAGAAACAAUGACCUGCAAAUUGCCACACGCAUCUUCCUGCGCCAAGGGUUUGAAGCAAAGCAAGGCUUUAUCAAUGAAUCCCAGCGGUUAUAUGACUCUGAGCCAGCCGUGUUGGAGAGCUUGCAGCAGAUAAAUGAGUGGGUCGAGAAGGAAACUGAGGGAAAGAUGACCGACUUCCUGUCUGCUCUACCACCCAACGUGCUCCUCAUGCUUAUUAAUGCUGUCCAUUUCAAAGGAGAAUGGAAAGCUCGAUUUGACCCGCGCUUCACCUCCAGAGGUGUCUUCUACCUUGACGACAAGCACAUGGUCGACGUUGAGGUGAUGGAGGAUGCCAAACAUCCCUUGAGUUUAUAUAUUGAUAGUGAACUGGAGGCUCAGGUAGCGAGCUUCCCAUUCCAGAAGCUCAUGAGCUUGCUGGUGGUCAUGCCUCUGUCCGGCAGGGUAAAUGUGUCUGCACUUUCUGCAAAGCUGAACAUCUCAGACCUGUAUAAUCGUCUACCUAAGGAGAGGGCCGUUCAAGUUAAAGUCCCCAAAUUCAAGCUGGAGUAUAGUCAAGAGUUACAGGAUGUUUUCACCAAACUAGGCCUGGGAGAUAUGUUUUCCAGUCCCAACUUGGCUAACAUGGCGGACGGCCCCCUGCUGGUGUCCAGUGUGACACAUAAGUCCAGCAUGGAGAUAAAUGAGGAAGGUGCAGAGGCUGCCGCAGCCACCACUGUAGUCAUCUCACGAGCAUCCAACCCUGUUUUCCACCUCAUCCAACCCUUCUUCUUUGCCCUUAUGGAUGAUACGACACAAGUACCGAUCUUCAUGGGCAUCAUCACCAACCCUAAUCCUGGUGCUCCGGUCUUGCACAGGGGAGAUCCUGGAAGCAAAGAUAAAGUGGGAUUCCCACUUGAUAAGAAUCAUGUUGGCUCAUUUGGCGGCCCACCUAAGUAGGGACUAAUAACCUGCCCGGAUGUCCCAAGGAAACUCAGACCAAGACCUUUACGACACAGAUUACAGAUUAGAUGUACAAUGUCAUUUAGCUGGUUCAAAAUCCAUGUGAAAACAUACGCUUCCUUUGUGUCUUUAUUUCAUUACAGAAUAAAUAUACUGAAGAGCCCAGUAUCCCCUUUGACAGUCAAAUAUCCCAUUAAAAAUUAUUAUAGUUUUGUUGCAUCAAAUGACAUGGCCUGGUCAAGAAACUCUUAAAAUUAUAAUUAGAUACAGUAAAUGGUUUAUACCUUUAGUAAAAUAUUGUGUCCACAUGUAAAGCCAAACUAAUCAGGUGUAAUCUUCCAGUAUUUCUGUACUACAGCAUCAGUGUGCAUGUAGUUGAAUUUAUAAAGAUGUUUUCUAAUGACAUAAUAAAUUGAAUUGAUCUGGAUCACA